AUGAUUGCUAUGCAGCGAUCUUUUUCGUCGCCCACAUGCACCCAACCUGAUCCUCAAUCAAGCCCUUCCGAAGUUCGCUCCAGCUCACCGACCCCUUCAUCCCCCGAGAAACAUGUCGAACGUCCCGCCGAUAUGCGCAGCUUCGAAGACCGAAGCCCUACGCGCACCGCUGGAAAAGCAAACAUGUCGGCCAGGCGCAGCGAGGAGGUUGCUCGAUGGGCGCCCAAGUUGGAGCAGAGAACCGCACCCUGCGUAGCCCUGAAGCCUCUUGUAACGCAAGAAACCAUUGCUUUACCGCAGACUCGCGGCGAGGAUGCGCCCCCGAGCAGGAGCAGCCCUAUCGAAGGCCACAUUGACUUGGACGAAAAUCAUUCACAGACUUGUGAAUCACCACCUUCCCGCAUACGAGUUCCGCAGCUUUUCCUCCGCGACGUCACGGAGUAUACCAACCCGCAACUGGCCCCGGAAAGCAACCACCUAACCUUGGAAGAAUUGGCACACCUCGUUCGCCUGAGCAAGUAUCAGGAGCGCAAGCGCGCUACUACACGAGUCCGGCUGCAGCGCAGCCUGGUUUCUACAGCACUUUCCGCCAGAUUGACAAGAUGCGGGGAGUCAACCCACCGCAAUCUGGUAAGCCUUUUCCGGACCCAGGACAAGAAGGCCUUUGCCAGUCUCUACAAGGCGGUUCAUGAUGUUCGCCUCAGUUGUAUGGAGACGAGGAAAUACGCCAUGCUCGAACCAGACAUGGAGUCUUUGUCUAUGCAGUCCCCGGGUCUGGCUUCCUCCGAAGCUCUCGGUGCCAUGCCGGGUUCCACGGCGUCUCUGGUCGGCUCUAGUGCCCCCUUCCUUAAUGACAUAUCUCCAGCGUCCAAGGAGUCCUUGUUGGAUUUCAUUGCUCAGCUACGGAAUAACCCGGACUAUCUGGCUGCACGGCUUUGCUCACUAAAUGCCACGGAGCUCUCCGCCUUAAAAACUUUUGACCAAAAUCACGAACCAAUAGAGUCUGUCUUGCCAUCGUCGGCCUCCGCUUCAUCCAGACUGUCCGCCUCCAACCCGAGAGAAAGGACUUCCAUAUUGAGGAGUGUUUCGCAGAGGCAUACAACCCCCUCAGCAAACCAUAUUGAGCAGCUAUUGUCUUUCCAAAGGCACGAUCCGCUGGCUGCACUUAUUCAUACCUGCUUUGCAAACUCGGCGGGCCCAGACAGUGCCGAAGAUCGUCGCAGGACCGAUGUAUGGGCCACUGCUUUGGCGCGUUUGAUCUCUGAGAGGCGGACUGGGAACGAUUCCAUCUUGUUCUCGGUCCUCAACGCCUGGUCUACAAUGCGCGAUUGGCCCGGCCGCUCGAACAUGGAAUGGUACCUGAUGAAGAUCCUGGAGGACGGUGCCUUCAUCCUCGACAAGGCCGAGGACCAGAACGGUACACGGUUCAACCUGACCGCUUGGACCAGAGAGGACUCGCACAAGUCGGAACGGUUCUAUGAGCGAGCCGUGGAGAAGCUGUUUGAUAUUCUGGACGAUGAAGAAAACACCGGUAUCCCCGAAGGCCUUGUUGAGCUUGGAAAUGAAAUUCUAAGGAAACUCGACCCGCAGUUUGUCGAGGGUGCAAGGCGAGGCAUAGUUGUCAACUGGCUUUUCCAUGUCUGGCUUUUGGAGGUCAUGAUCUACCCGGAAACACGCGGCAUGAUGGCCGAGUACCACAUUACUGAUUACGGCCGCCAAAAGAUACUCAAAAACGUUGCGUUGAAAGCGGCGGGCUUGGUCAACGAGAUGAUGUCGGGAAGGCACGUCAAGCCAGAGAUCGCCAAACAUAUAGACAAUAUUCUGGCUCGAUUUGGACCAUCACAUGUGUCAAAACCGAAGACACGAUUACUACCCGCAAGGUCAUUGACUUCAUUGAGGGAGACAGUAGAAGUCCACCCGUAUCUCCUCAUAUCGCCUGCUGACCUCGUGACCAUGGUCAACGCACUUUUCCCCGAGAAGCGGCCGCAGUCAGCACAGUCAAGCAAAUUCCGCUCUCGCACCACGUCCUUGUUUGACUUUGCCGCGCCUUCGCAGCCGAUGAAAGCGAUGGGAAACCGAAACAACACGGCGCACGAUGGCGCUUCCAUCAUAAGCACAAGUCUUUCAUCCGUGUUUAGCGAUGCUACCACGUCAGACGAUCCGCUUUUGGAGGAGCAACACACGGGGAAUUCCGGUAGUCGCUAUUCUCCACCUCCUCUUUCUCUGCCCAAACGCGUCAACACAUAUGAAGAGGACGGCUUUCGUCUACGGGAGGCUAUUCACGACAUGACUCACUGCUUGGGUCAGGAAGUGGUUCAGGGGACAUGUCAUCCGUGCACUGAGCGCUGGGCGGUCUUGUUCAUCUCGCCCGACGGCAACUCGUUGUCUACGCAGAUGAUAUAUGAUCCCGACGAAGAUGAGAACGAGGAGGAUGAGCGAUCGCCAUCUAGUGACACUGAUGACGAGGAUGCCGAAGAGGGCAGUUUGGAUCUCGACAAGGACUACCAUCAGCUCCGAGACUCGAUACUCAAGCUGGUCGAGGACUUUGAGAUACCUCAAGAAAAACCGGCAUCGGGCAAGAACACGAAAACAUUUAGCAACAGAACAUACUCCACCUUGAAGCGGUAUAAAUCGAGAAACCGAAUAUUCAUAACUGAGCACAGGAGAGAAAAUCGGGAACGUCAAGACGGGGCUUUUUCUUUAUCCGAUUUGAACGGUGCAAAACCCGUCGACGAGACCGAGUCGAGCAAAGACGCGGCAGACGAAGGCCAACAUACUGAUAUCGGUGCCAUGGACUCAGAAGUUGCCGAAGGGGAAUCGGUACUCGUGACGAUGCUAAAAGCUGCAUCGGCACAAGCACGCGCGCAAUCCGACUUUGUAGCGGCCCACGACUACUGGCGUACACUGGAGAGACUCAAUUCGCUCAACUCACCCUCCCUUCGCUCAAACGGCUUCGCCGUCCUCCUCAACAUCUUCUCUCGCGGGCCUCGCGGCUCCAUCAGAAGAUCUGCGUCCGCCAUUGAGGAAUACGAUGCAUGGCUCGUGUGGCUCAAGCAGUCCCAGGAGCGCACCGACAGCGCCAUAGAGUCCAUGAUGAAGCGUCUUGCAGCAUUGAGAGACAAGGCCUGGUACGUCAUGGAUGUACUGAAUUCGAACCCGUACGACCACAGUUCCAAGAUUGCCACCGCUCUCAAGGCAAUGGGCUCACAACCAAGCACACGGCCGCCUGUCAACCAGAAGAGCGCCAAGCUUGCGUUUUUGUACACUACAGAGUCUCAAAUGACAGACAUGUUGAGCGGCGGGAAAGAGUAUGGCUUCUGGAACAAACUCUCGGAUGAUCACUCGGAAAAGACGACAAAAUGGCUGCGACACCUCAACAUUGAAAACUUUUGCAAAGGAGAGGAGCGUAUUCACAGACUCGGGCUCGAGGUGGAUAUCUGCAUCAACAAGCUUGUGGGCGAUGGUGUGACGCCGGCACCAGAACUUUGGACAAACGACCUAUACGCGGUCGACCGGGGAAGUUUAGACCGAAACACCCCCAAAGAACGGGAUUGGGACGAUGCCUCGAGCAUUGUGAGUGAUGUCGACAGGCGCUACCCAAGCCGAUUCGGCUCUGGCCUUAGAGACCUUCGCAGUGUUUCUUCUUUCAACAUGAGCCAACAUUCGUUCGACUCGGGUCGAUUCAGCUUUUCGAGGGCCUCAGGCGCUGCAAUGAGCGAGGCACUAGACUCGCAGAGCUACUUUGGGGCCUCAUCGCCCGUGCAUACCAUAGAUUCCACAGUCACGUACUGGUCGCAGUUCCAGUCGGCCAUUUCCACCCAAGGCAGCGUCGCCCGGCCACAGUCACCUACUACGAGUUUUACGAGUCUCUCGGGAUCCAUGGCUGUGCCGCAAACCUACAGAACGCUGCGCUCUCAGCUAUCAUCUGCUUCAUUGAGGCCAGGAACGUCAGCCUCGUCUAACGAGACGGUGCUCAUGCAGCGGCUUUCUGAGGAGAAGACGCGCUUCCUUGCUCGGCUGAGACAAACGCUGACGAGUCUCUUGCUAUCUGACCUGGGAAACCUGGUGUUUGCCAGGGGCUCUGAAUCAGAUCUUUGGUUCCGAGAUCUCGGGCAGCGAUGCAUCAAGCACCGGGACAGCACAGAUCGCCAGCAACAGGCCCCUGUUGUAGUAGAGAAGAGAAGAUCCAAGGAGAUGGGUGGCUUGCGCCGUGCCAUCGAGAAGAAGAGGAGCUUUGAAAACCUCCGCAAGGCCGGGGAGAAUGCAUCAUCUGUGACUAUGGACGAUGGGGGUGUCAAGCUUACCGUUCCCGCUACCAGCCCAGACAUGCCAACCGAGGGCAGCGCGAACACAUUGCAAAAUAACACAUCUGCUACGGAUAGCACGACAACAAACUCUACCUUGGCAUCGUCUUUGAAGCCGAGACGGCGAUCGAAAAACUCAGAGUUUCCAUUCACGAAGGCAUACCAACGUCUAUUAAGGAUGUUCUGUGUUCACCCGAACCCUAUGGUCAAGCUCGACGCACUUUACGAGCUUGAGCAGCUUAUAAUAGCUUCAUUGGUUUCGAGCGGCUCCCGCAAGCGGCCAGGAUUGUCUCAGCGAGGCAGCAGCGGGUCCGGCCAGCCACCUGUGGGCGGAAGUGUAUCGCCGCCUACGCCCUCUCUUGCCAAGCCUUUGGAGAAGACUAUUGACAAUGUCAAGGAGCGAAGGUCGCACACCAUGAGUCUCAGAUCGCAUCUGCCUCCGUCAGUUCAGGGCAAUACAGAUGCGAUCGUUAACGUUUUGCGUACGCUUUUCCGAGACGCUGCAGUUCGACCAAAAACUCUUUUCCGUGACCUGCAGUUCAUUGCGUCGUUUGUUCCAGGGUCUGUCCUUGAUCAGACAGAGAAAGGCAUGGCUUUUUGGAAUGUUGGGCUGGCUGCUUUGCUUCUGAAGCAAGAGGUUUGCGGCACGAUUGUCGAGAUGGCAGACGAGAUCCUCAAGACGGCCAGCACUGGCAACGCUGGCAUCAGCAUGUCAAGCGUGCCGCCUUCUACCACCGGCUUUUCAGGUACGGCAUCAACCUCGUCGGCUGCCUCUGGGGGAUCGUCGUCAGUUCCGUCAACGUUUGUCGAAGCACCCACCAAGAAAGACGCUGAACGCAUGUGGAUCAUCACAGCCAAGGAGGGCCACCCAACGGCGCAGCGGGAAUUGGCGCUCUUCUACCUCAUCGAAGACCCAUCAGAGUUUGAUGUCGAGAAGGCGACUCUGCCCCUUUCCAAGAUCAGCGGAGUGCUCAGGCAACAGGUGUUGGACAACUACGCGACUUCCCGCAAGGGCAGCGAGUCGGGCACCAAGGACCCAGUACGUAUGUGCCUGGCCAUCCACUGGGCGGCGGCAGCAGCAGAAGGUGGUGAUGGGAUUGCGAGGGACUUUAUUAAACAGCAGGACGACCAGUUGGGACUGGCCAAGUAG